CUGCGCACAACAGUGGUCAGCCAACACGAAUCUCGCGUGACCCCCGCAAGAAGGGGGUUAAUAACGGAGGCUUUUGUCGCUCGGGCCGAGGGUUGGGGGCUCAGUUCCUCGCCACGACUGGACGCCGCCGCACGCACGCACUCGUCCGAAUAGAAGAGUCAGCGGAGGCAGCCGCCGCGCCGAAUUGCACCAGAGUAGGCAACAAACAAACACACACACGCAUUUUAACCCCACUAGAUCUCAGUAGUGCGUUCUCUGCUUUUGUCGGUCGGUGUCUGUCUCUUGCCGAAAAAGAUCCGUAGUCUGUCUUGAGUGUCCGUCCGUCCGUAGCAAAAGCGCAACACACAUAUCUAAUCUUUGCAAAUCAUGUCGGACGCGUCUCCGCAAGAGCCGGGCGCCGACGAGGCCGAACCAACGGCCAGCAGCUCGCCGCGCAAGGCGGCCGUGGCGCGCGCCAAGUCGGCCGUCGACCUCGCGGCCUCGGCCGCAGCCAACUCGGACUCGGAGCCGGAGGCGGGCGACGCCGGCCCCGACGAGUCAAGGACCACCUACUGGGGCUACACCAAGUCGAGGAUGGACGACGACCCACCCGUGCAGUUCCCCGGCAAGGCGGCCGGCAAGGAGGCCCCCGAGGCACCGCCGCCGGCCGCCUCCGCCAAGCGGCCGGUCAACAACCUCUCCUACUGGCGCGCCCGCAAAGUCAUCUUCUACAAGAAUGGCGACCCCUACUUCCCAGGGGUUGAGUUUCGCUUCAAGCCCACCAGGGACAUCUUGUCCAUGGAGUCGCUCCUGGACAAGGUGUCCCUGCGCAUCGACCUGCCCUCCGGUGCCAGGUACAUCUUCUCCACCGCCGGAGACCGCCUCACCUCGCUCGAGCAGCUCGAGGACGGCGGCAGCUACGUCGUCUCCUCCUACAAGAUAUUUAAGGCGGCACCGUACGGCAAGAAGAAAGCUGGCAAUUUCUACAGCACGCCCAACUCGCCUGAGAUGGCAAAGCCGAUGAUCGCAGUUGGCCACGGAAACUGGAGAUCGAACAAGAAGAGCAUGAACUCGUCGGUGCCCAACGCCGGCGCCAAGGGCAGCUCGGGCCGCAUUAUUCGCAUCGUCAACGGACACGACCACAGUGUGCAGUGUCGAGUUUUGUUGAAUCUGCGCACGACGCAGCCAUUUGAAGAGGUGCUGGAUGACCUGGGACAGGUGCUCAAGAUGGGCGGCGCUAAGAGGAUGUUCACCCUGGGCGGACAGGAAGUGCGAAGUUUUUCCCAGUUGCGAAACGAAUAUGCCGAGGUGGACACUUUCUAUCUGAACAAUUCCUCCCGACGCUCGCGAACGCCGAGCGGCGGACCGACCAUGACCGGCAGCAACAUGUACCUUUACGACGAGUACGACCCUCCACCGCGCAAACCAGCCCUGUCGGCUCGCAACCCCACCAGGCAAAGGGUGCUCAGCGAGCCAGACCUUCGACACUCAUCCAUGGGAAACCACGAUUCCUCAAUCGAUUACGACGUGACUGAGGUGGGUUCGGGGAAGGAGCCGGCCAGGGUGGUGAUCAAAGGCAACAAAAAGGUAUUCUUCCCACCAAUGCACCAGAAAAUAUUCGACCCGACUCCACCGGACAAGCGAAUGCAGCUCAGUUGGGUUUACGGAUACCGCGGCUUCGACUCCAAGAAAAAUUUGUGGGUCCUUCCGAGUGGCGAAAUCAUGUACUACGUGGCGGCCGUCGCCGUCCUCUACGACAAGGACGAGGAGUCGCAGCGCCACUACACCGGACACACUGAGGACAUUGUCUGCAUGGACCUGCACCCUUCGCGGGAAAUGGUGGCGUCGGGACAAAAAGCGGGACGCAACCGGAAGACGCAGGCGCACGUUCGCAUUUGGAGCCCAGAGACGCUGCUCACCCUGUACGUCUUCGGCAUGGGCGAGUUCUCCGUCGAGGUGUCCGCGGUCGCUUUCUCGCAACUGAACGGCGGAAGCUACGCUUUGGCGGUCGACGGCGGCAGGGAGCGCAUACUUUCCGUCUGGCAGUGGCAGUGGGGUCACUUACUCGGAAAAGUCGCGACUUUGCAAGACGAGCUGUCCGGGGCGCAAUUCCACCCGCUGGAUGACAAUCUGGUGAUCACCUACGGCAAGAGCCACUUGGCCUUUUGGACGAGACGCAAGGACGGAUUCUUCGAGCGAACAGACCUCAUAAAACCACCAUCGCCAACCAACAUCGUUUGCCUCCAAUUCGAGCCGGACGGUGACGUCGUCACGGCCGACAGCGACGGAUUUAUCACAAUUUAUUCCAUCGACAGCGAAGGGUCCUACUUUGUGCGCCUUGAGUUCGAGGCCCACGCGAGGGGGAUCGGCUCGCUGGUCAUGCUGUCCGAAGGCACUCUGCUGUCCGGAGGGGAGAAGGACAGGAGGCUGGUUGCCUGGGACAGCAUGCAGAAUUACAAGAAAAUUGCCGAGACCAAGCUGCUCGAGAGUGCAGGUGGAAUCCGGACGAUCUACCCGCAGCGGCCGGGCAGGAACGACGGGAACGUGUACAUCGGUACGAUCAAGAACAAUAUUCUCGAGGGCUCGCUGCAAAGGCGGUUCAAUCAGUUGGUAUUCGGGCACCACAAAUUGCUGGUGGGCCUGGCCACGCACCCCGACGAGGAAAUGUUCGCCACGGCCGGCCAGGACAAGUGCAUCGCCCUCUGGCGUAGAAAUGGCCUCAUCUGGAGCACGCAGACGCAAAUGGAGUGCGUGUCUAUUUGCUUCCACCCUGAUGGAGGCGUGUUGGCGGCCGGCACGGGCGACGGACACCUAUUGGUCAUCAACUCUGAGAAUGGCAACCCCAUCUCGCGAUUCAGAGUCUGCGGAUCGUCGCUAAACUGCGUCGCUUUCAGUCCAAUCGGGGACAUAAUCGCGAUCGGCAGCCAGAACGGCAGCGUGUACCUGUUUCGGGUGAGCAGGGACGGCUUCUCGUACAAAAAGUACAACAAAAUCAAGGGCAACUACCCGCUGGCGUGCAUGGACUGGAGCGUGGACAGCAACUACCUGCAGACCGUGACCACCGAGUUUGACCUCAUUUACUGGGACGUGAAGACGAUGACGUGCGGAAAAAGUCCCACGGCCAUGAAGGACGUCAAGUGGUUCACGCAGACCUGCACCCUCGGAUACAGCAUGGCCGGAAUUUGGAACAACCGGUUCUACCCGAUGCGGAACACGAUUUCGACUAGCCACCGUUCAAGCAACCACGACAUGCUAAUCGUCGGCGACACCGACGGCCAUCUCCGAUUAUUCAGGUACCCGUGCAUUUCGCCGCGAGCAGAGUACAAUGAGGUGAAGGGCCAGAGCAACACCCUGACGACGGCCCGCUUCUUCUCGCUGGACCAGAGCGUGGUGACCGUGGGCGGCAGUGACGCGUCCCUCAUGCUGUGGGACUUGGUGGAAGAGUGACGGGACGCGUCUUCCAUUCGGAAGAAGUCGCGAAUUCCGCGUGCAAACGCAAAAACUCAAUCAACGAACGAGUCAGAUGACUAGCUGACUCGCUGUUUAGUUCGGUUUAAAUAUUAAGAAAAACGAAAAAAAAUAUCGUACUUCAUUAAGCAUUAAGUCAUACGUUAUACGUCACACGCGCAUUAUAAAGAUAAUUAAGGAACACUGUCUGGUUCUAGGCUCAUAUUUUGCAUUGGGCAAUCGAACGACAGAAAAAAUGGCCGGUUAAGGGGUUUCUCGAUUGAAAAAAUUUUUUUUGAUUAGUUCAAAACAUUUAUAAUAUUUUGUGAAUUCCAGCUUGUAGUUUAAUUCAAGUAAAUAUCUGCAAAUAUCGUCUUUAGCUUUGAAAUAUUCUCUACAAAUUAGGAAUGAGUUAAACUUGACAAGGUUGCCGUAUAAAUUCCUGAGAAAAUUGGCUGCAAAGUUUGCAAUCGGUGAACACUGUCUCUAAUUAAUAAUCAUGGUUUAUUCAAUCAGGAGGGAAAUUUAUCUCAAAAUUCGCACACCCUUGGAUAGAGAGGAAUCGCAAUACAAUUUUUAACUAUUUGUCAUUGCUCACGGGGAACCCUUUGAACCGCCUUUUAAAGUUACAUAACGCAGGAUGAAGACCACACUGACUGCCCAUUGAUAUUUUAGAUACGGAGUGGAGAAGCACCGUUUUUGUACCCUGUAAUUACAGACAUUCCCGCGACGCAAUCCGUGAUUAAUGAUAAUUAACGAGACGAACCUUUUUCUGGAAAAUGGCAUUUUGCAACCCGUCCGACGAAUAUAUUAGCAAAACUGUCAAUUGCUCAAGGAAAACGAGUUUGAUUCGCAUUAAUUUAGCAACUUCUGGUGCACACAUUUCAUUCUCGGCCUUGAAAACGGGGCGCACGCCAGCAGGAAAACACUUAUAAUGGCCCAAGGCCUUUCGCCCCCUGCCUUUAUUAGAUUUUCGGAUAGCACACGUUCGCCUCUCACUCACGCCUCCUCCAGCACUCGGCCGAUUGAGUCCGGACCCCGCCGUCGAUCGUGCAUUUUGAUGUUUCGCUCCUUUGAACCGAGGCCGGCGGCAUACUUCCGCAAGCUGUACGUUACAAGUGUCGUAGCCAGACUAGUAAUUAUACCACCGCACUUUUCAAUGGGUCGAAAAGCGUACUACAUGUACAUGGCCCUUUUGUUGUAGACUCGAAUCAACACACCGUUUGUAAAGUUAAAAUUAAUUAUGUAGUUGCGAGCUUGAGCGCCUAAUGUCUGGUGAAAUAUUAUAGAUGGUAAGCCGCGCUGCUCUUGGAAUUAAGCCGCCGUGCGCAAACAAUGUAAUCUCGUAAGUGCACAACUUAUAACAGCUAUCCGAUACGAAUGGUCGAAAAUUCUGCUUGUUAUUUUCUUAAAAUGUCGCAAUUGGAAAAAUAAAAUUGAAUAUAUCACUAUACAAAAUCAA